AAAGGGUCCCACACUUGUUUCCGCCUGCCUGAGACAAGACAUUUUGUUUAGCAAAGGGCCUGUGCAGGGCCUUUUCCCUACUUUUAUCUCUGCCAUGGACCAACGGCGUUAAAGAGAAUAGAUAAUCAAAUAUAUGAACGAAAUUACGCAAUUCAAAGCCUAACCCACCUUAUCGAUCAUUGCAAAACCAUUUACUGCUUUAUCUUGUCUGGCCGGAAAACAAGCUGAGAAAAAAGGAACCGGGGAAUCGUUUUACUUCGUAAACAUAUCAGAAUGUGUAGUGGAAGAUCUGAGGCAGAUUUGAUCAGCAAUCUUCCGGGAAGUAUCAUAGAGAAUAUCUUGGGAUGUUUGCCAUUGCGGGAUGUAGUGAGGACGAGUAUUUUGUCAAGAGAAUGGAGGUACAAAUGGGUAACAUGUCCAGAACUUGUGUUUGAUUUUUGGUUCGAUCAGAUGUUCCUUGGGAAUCACAAACUUGAGAAACUCGUGUACCCAAUUCUAGAACUUCAUCAAGGACCCUUGAUUAAGUUUGCCCUCCAGGUCCCUGCUUUCAGAAGUUGCCCAGAUAUUGAUCAAUGGGUUGAUCUUAUUCCAAGCAACACUAUCCAGGAUUUCACCCUUCACAUUUCUCGGGGGGACAACCAUCAAUUGCCUUUUCGUAUAUUCACUUUUAACCAGCUAAGAAAGCUGAAACUUUAUAGAUGCGUAUUAAAUCCUCCGCUGGGCAAAGGAUUUAAUAAGCUUCUGAAUCUCGAUCUUCAGAAUGUUGACCUUGUGCCCGAAACAUUUGCAAGCUUUAUCUCAGCUUGCCUGAUGCUUGAACGAUUGAGGAUGAUUGAUUGCACCAGUUUUGAUUGCCUUGAAAUUGAUGCUUCCAAAUUGAAGUUUCUAGAGUUUCACGGGGUAUUCAGAUCCAUCUCUUUCGAAAAUAGCCCUCUUCUUGCAGAAGUUAUUAUAUCUUUCUCUUCCAUUGAUUUUGGAACGGGAAAAUGCUUCUCAUCUAAUUUAAUCAAGUCUCUAAGUUGUCUGCCUUCUCUUGAGGAACUGCAUCUUCAGGCUUUCGCCUUGGAGGAACUUGCUGAAGAUGGUUUACCUAAGAAACUUCCAGUCACUUUGGAAACUCUGAAAAUUCUUCACCUCUCCGAUAUGUAUUUCGAAAAAAUCGAGGAGAUCUGUUGUGUUCUUUGUCUGAUUAGAAGCUCUCCCAAUUUACAAAAGCUUAAAAUUACAGCUUUCACUUUCGAUGUUGUGGAUUCCGUGGGAGAAUAUCUCCGUGCACAAAAAAGCUCGGAUUGCUUGUUGGCUCAGCUUAAAACUGUGGAUAUGCUUCUAUUCUCCGGGGUCGAGCCUGAAAUGGAAUUUGUUAAAUAUCUGUUGGCAUCCGCUACUGGACUCGAGGAAAUGGCAAUUUUGCCCCACGCUGGAAGUGUCUCCGAUGGAGGUCAGUCAAUAUUGAAUGAACUCAAACAGUUUCCUCGGGCAUCAGCCAAGGCAGAGAUCAUUAAUGUCAAAAAUGAAUCAUGAUAUUUUUCUUGUACAUUUUUUCCUAGUUCUGUAAUUGGAUGAUAAGCUUUAAGAUUAUAGUAUUUUCCAAUUGGUAUGUCCAAUUUAUUUGUGUUGUGUUGUGUUGUGAUUUAGUAUGGGUGUGGUUGUAGAUGUCAAAUUUCAUUCCACUACCCAGAAUGUUUCUGUAAUUCAUCAGUUGAAAAGUAAUGAAUUUCAUUUUCUUCAUGGGAUCAUUCAAAUUUAA